ACGCGGAACGGAUCUGCGCUCUCCCCCCGGUGUCAAGUAACUCACGAAGUGGCGUGUCCUAUCCUCAGGCCGCAAACAAAACGCUGCGUCCCCUAACCUGGGUCUUUCUGGAGAAGAAGAAGGAAAGUACGUCACGUAGAAGAGCCUUCCGAGUUCCCGCCUCGCUAAGCGUGCACGAGUAGCUUUUAUUCAGAGCACACUUCGAGCCGGUGUCCGCGAUGGAGGACGAGGACGUGGUGGAGAUCGGGAACGUGGAGACGGUCUGCCGGCUGUGCUUGUCCACGGACGGCCCCAGGUCGUCCGUAUUCGACCAGAACCGAGAGAAGGAGGAGGAUGCGUCCGGGCUGCCACUGGCCGCCAAGAUCCAGGCUUGCCUGUCGAUCCAGAUUUCAGCCACCGACAGGCUGUCCACACUGAUAUGCACAUGUUGCGUAAAGAAAGUUAACCAGUGGCAUACUUACAAGGAGUCAUGUCUGCGUUCACAGGACACGUUGCAAGAAUGGCUGUCAAGCGAGUCUCAACCAAAUCCUAUGGUCAUAACAAUCAAGGACGAACCGAUGGAUAUUGAUUAUGAGGACAAUGUAGAAAUUAUUUCAGAGACUAUCAAUAACUUUGAACAAGCAGGUUCGUCGCCUCAAAUAGUGGAAGACAAGGAGACUGACAAGGAAAUACAAGAAGUAAUAGAUGAAACCGACGCGAAUGUCGCACAAAAACAAAAAUAUUUGGAGACAAUUCCAUCUACUGCGGAGACAGAUUCAUCUACUGCAGAGACAGAUCCAUCUACUGCAGAGAUAAUUCCAUCUACGGAAACAAUUCCAGAUCCAUCUAUUGCAGAGAUAAUUCCAUCUACGGAAACAAUUCCAUCUACGGAGACAAUUCCAUCUACAGAGACAGUUCCAUCCACCAUGGAAAUGGAACCUGACAAUGAUCAAGAUGAGAUAGAUCAAAGUCAAGUAGACAAAGGUCAAGUGGAUCAGCAGGCUGCUACACCUCUACGUGCUAUUAAAACCGAGCCACCGGACGAGAACGAUACCUAUUGCACUAUCGAACUAAAAUCAAUGAAUAGCAACGAAUUGUUAUUGAAUCCCAUGACGGCUGCAGCAAAAGAGGAUACGGUUAUGGAGGCUGAUUCCACGCAAAAAUCUAACGCAACUAGUGUGUUGCCCAAGAAGAAGAUGAGACGCGGUCCUCACACCCAUUUCAGAGGGACACGCGUCUUUAAGAAGAAGUGCACGCAUUGCCAGAUAUUCCUGCAUUCCAAAUAUUCGUACAUGAACCACAUGAAGAGAUUCCACAGCAAGGAGAACGAUAGCAUUGACAAUUUGGAGUUAUCGCAGAACGACGACGACGAAGAGAUGGUGGAGGAUUUAGAGGACGAGUUAGUCAGCAUGGAGAAGGACGCGCCGCUGACGCAGGUCCAGCAGGAAAUUAUCAGCCAGUUGAAGACAUUCUCCUGCUAUUCUUGCGAACAGACAUUCAACGAUCGGCGUAGCACGCUUUCCCACAUCCGCCAGCAUCUGCCGGAUUUGCGACCGUACACGUGCAUUGCUUGCUUGACCGAGUUUCCAGAUCGGUCCAUGUAUCAAUUACAUUGCGGCGCGUCCUUCGAGUGUGCCAUGAAGAUCGCCCUGGUGAUACCCAAGUACGGCAAUGAACGGUAUUUCACGUGCAACAUGUGUCUGCGUUCGAUGCGCGAUAGGAAGGAGCUGCUGAGUCACUUAUCCAAGCAUUCCGACAAGCAGUACGAGGAGAUGAUGUCGCCGGCGCGCGCGCCACCCAAGCUGAAGCCGAUGGCACCGUUGCCGUCCGGGAAAGGCAGUCCGGAUAAAGCGCAGCAGAAGAACGUCGUCAGCGGGCCUUACAAGAACGGCGAUCCGGCGCACAAUCACGCUUGCGAUCUCUGCGGUAUGAUCUACAGAUACCGAACCAACAUGUUCAAGCAUCGCGAGUUCUGUCAGAGGCUGCAGUCGGAAGAGAGAGUUUCGUACAAGUGCAUACACUGUUCCAUGACAUUCCUCGUGUUCAAGAAAUUCCACACUCACAUCACGGUCGAUCACAAGAAGAAGGAGUUCACUUGCGUCGAGUGUAACUCGAAGUUCCGAUCGCCCAGCGAUUACCUGACCCAUCAUGAGAAACACCGCUCGGCUGUCCUUGCCGGAAAUCGUCAGGUGACCCAGGACGACGCGCAGCGGAACGCAGUUCAGGCGCCGUUGAAGGAGCGAAACGUCAAAUCGACCGCCAAGUCGAGAAUCGGCACUCAGAAGUACAGUUGCGCGCUUUGCACUCAAGAGUUCUCCACGAGGUCGCAGCUGAUCGAGCACCGGAAUCUUCAUCUCAAGGUGAAGAUAUAUUCCUGCGCCAUCUGUCACAGCAUGUUCAGCAGCCCGGGCACGUUGGAGAUCCACAUGAAGGAUCACGGUAUCGAGGAUCCGAAUGAACGAAACGCCAAUAUCUCCUGCGUGGAGUACGGCAACCUGGACGAGGACGUGAGGAUCGACGAGAAGAACGCGAUGAACGCCAGCGCCAUCUCGGAUCCCGGCACGCAGAUUCACGAGUGCUCCGAAUGCGGCAAGGUGAUGUCGAAUUACUCCAAUCUUCGCCGGCACACCAAAAUCGCUCAUCGGAACGCCAAGAUCUACGACUGCGUCGAAUGCUCGCUCAUGUUUACGCGUAAGGAGCUCUAUGAUCACCAUAUGCAGAUCAAACACAACACGAAGACGACAUACCAGUGUCCCCAGUGCCCCAAGCAAUUCAUCUACCAGUCGAACUUCACCUAUCAUUUUCGCACCGCCCACCUGGAGAAAUCGAAAAACGGUUACGCCUGCGAUAUUUGUGGCAAGGUUUUCGUUGAAGAGGCGUCGCUGAAGAUACACCGAGGCUGGCAUAACCGUACCAACUCUCGUCUGAGCACGCGAUUCAUCCUGGGUAAUAAGAAGACGCCCGAUAACGAGUCACAGAUGGAAUCGGCUGGCGUUGAGUCGGCCGAGAAUUCGGAACGACCGGCGAGAGCCCGAAAAUCCUUCCCUAAUCCUCCGCUCCAGACAACGAUGGCGUCGAAGAGGAACUUCCAGUGUCAAGUGUGCAACGACCGAUUCAACGACGUCACGGAGCUGCGGAACCACCUGUGGGACGUCCAUUGCGCCCGCAACAAACCGGAGAAGAGCUUCUCCAACGAUGAGCUCCAGUGCGAGCUCUGCACGAACGUCUUCCCCGAUCGGGAGACCUUGGCGUCGCACAUGCGGUGGCACAAGGCCAACCCGAUUCUCAGCGACAUACGAAAGACGUACUCCUGCGACGUGUGCAGCAAGUCUUACAGCUCGAAGAAGGUUCUGUGGAAGCACAAGAAGCUUCACAAGCCCACCGUCCAAGCGUCGAUCAAGUUCCAAUCUUUGGCCAGGAAACCGAUGGCCAGCCAAUUCCUCUGUACUUUCUGCCGGAAGAUCUUCUCCAGCAACCAGUCGCUCCAACGGCACAAACUCAACUUCCACAGUGAGGCGCAGAACCCGCAACGGCAACCGCAGCUACAAAUGUACAAUAGCGGUCGCAGAUUAUCCCACGACGACGUCGAGCAGCCCAAGUCGAAACGCAUGAAGAUGGAUACUCCGAUUUACGCGGACACUCUAACAAUAUGUAAGGUGCCGCCCUUCGCCAUGGAUUUCGCCGGCGAGAGGAGGAAGAAGCCGGUCAUGUGUCACGUGUGCAAGAAGGUAUUCCCGAGCAUGAGCGUGCUGUACAAACACAAGCAGAACGUGCACAAGCGUAAGAACGUGAUACCCGAGUGUAUACCGAUGUCGACUCAGGACGGCAAGUUCUCGUGCAACGUCUGCUACAAGGAGUUCCCCGGCCUGUCGAAUCUACGACAGCACUUUACCAUCAAGCACAAGAAGACCGCGGAAUCCAAUCAUCAGCCGCCUGCUGCAAGCAUCGAGGUACUCCCUCCUCCUCCUCCUUCUCCUCCUCCUCCUCCUGUCGAACGAGUCGCGAAGGAGGUCCCCGAGCCGGUCCACAACAACGUCCUGUACAGCUGCAAGCUGUGCAAGCAGUGCCACGUCUUCAACAGGGAGGCGAUCACGAGCCACAUCACCAAUGUGCACAACGCGGUCUACCAGGCUGACAGCAGGACGUUCCACAGGGAGGUCAACCUGAGCGGGUACGUCGUGAGGGCGGUCGGGGCCACGUGUCCCAGAUGUCACGUCAAGUAUCCCAACAACCGGGCCCUGAAGAUACACUACAUCAAAUUCCACGAGAACGCCGAUUAAAGGUUUCGCGAGUCGCCGGAAGACUUGAAAAGAGAAGGAUUCUCCUCCACGAAUCGCGAAAAGGGAGACGGACUGAUGAGACUUUUUCAUUCUUCCGAGAUCAUGGAUUCUCUUCAUUAUUCCACGUUCUUGCGCUGCAUGUUCCUGAGAUUCAGCAUCGAUCGAUCGAUCGAUUUUUACGUGAUAUAGGCGUUUUGUUUCUCGCGACACAAUUCGGGGUAAAAAUUUGCGAAUGAAAAAAAGACGGCGAAGCUCUCUUGUUUACUAUUAAUUCACUUUACAAUGCGCGAUUAAUUCUUCAAGUCUUAUAUUUAUAAUAAUUGUGUCGUUGUGUUAACAAAAGUUUUUUGUAUUA